CGAAAGUCUCCGAAACUUGCGGCAAAAUUGACUAAAUGUUCUAGAAAGACACCCGAAAAAAAUAUUCGAUUUUGACGAAGCAGUUAAAUACAAAAUGGGCUCCAAUGAUGAUGAAUAUCCAUCUGAAGAAGAAGUUUGGGUAUUUUACAAAGACAGAGAGGAGUGGGCUGACGUAACACCAGUGCCUCAAGAUGAUGGUCCAAAUCCAGUAGUAAAGAUUGCAUAUACUGAUGCAUUCACCGAUGUAUAUGACUACUUUAGAGCAGUAAUGGCUUCUGGGGAGCUUUCUGAAAGAGCGCUUGAACUCACAGAGGAUGCCUUGAAUAUGAAUGCAGCAAAUUACACAGUAUGGCAAUACAGGAGGAAAAUUUUAAAACACCUUGGUAGCGACCUUGAAGAUGAGUUAAAUUUCUGUCGUCAAAUGAUUGAGUUAAAUCCAAAAAAUUAUCAAGUAUGGCACCACCGACGUGUGAUUGUUGAGUGGUUAGGUGAUGCUAGUAAAGAACUUAGGCUUACGGAGAUAAUCUUCAGCCAAGAUGCCAAGAACUAUCAUGCUUGGGAACACCGCCAAUGGGUUUUGCGUACUUUUAAGUUGUUUGAUGGUGAAUUAGAUUACGUUGAUAGACUGCUUGAAGAAGAUGUAAGAAAUAACUCGGCCUGGAACCAGCGACAUUUUACGAUCACCCAGACUACAGGAUUCACUCCCGAUGUUAUUGAGCGGGAAGUGAAAUAUGCCAAGAAGGCUGUCAGCAAAGUUGUUGAAAAUGAAAGUCCAUGGAGCUACUUAAGAGGGGUUCUCCAGCACUGUGAUAGUGGUCUAGGCAGUGUGUGUGACCUGGAACAGUGGUGCCAACAAAUGUACGAGUCUGGAGAGCGGUCACCUCAUCUCCUCACCUUUAUGUUAGACCUCAUGGAAGACAAGAUGGAGAGAGAAACAUCAGAGAGAGAAUCCACACUGAAGAAAUCCCUAGAUAUGUGUGAGGCCCUUGCAGUGGAGCACGAUCAGAUUCGCCGUGAAUACUGGAGAUACAUUGCCAGGAAUUUGAGUCACCGCUUUGGAGCUUAAGUCUGCUAAUGAUGAAGCCCCCAUAUAUUCCUUGGCAUAAUAGUGACACUUUUUCUGGAUCUCAGUUUCUCGGAUGCUUUCGUACUAAUUCUCUUGUCAGCUUUAUAGCAAACUUAGCUAGGCUCAUUAUUUACAUCUAAAUAUUUUUUAUUGAUUUCUGUGGAGUUCUUUAUUUUAUAGGUAGAAAAUAAUAGAUAAUUACUCUAGAAAAAUACUCUAGUUUGAGGUAGCUCCCGGCUUUUACGUUCUAUGAAAGGUAGACAUCUUUAGAAUGACUGUUUCAGGUAAAUUCUGGAAUGACUGGGAAGAGAUUCUUUAUUUUAGUAAUGUGUCUUUGUAGUAUGCAUGUUCAGAUACACCGCUGUACACAUACAUAUUAAAAAUGCAUACAUAUGUAUGUACACAUACAUACAUAUUUUUACAUGAAUAAAAUAUGGUGGUGAUAUAAGUUGGCUACUUAGGUGUGCACAUGUGUAUAAGUUUAUAUGUAUAUAAAUGUUUGGUUAUUCUUUGAUUGUAUGCAUGUAUGUCUGUUUUUGUAUGUUUUUGUUUGUAGAGAUGUAGCUGUGCGCAUGAAAACCUUUUACUUUAUUGACAUUUUUUCAUUAAAAAUUACACAAGUUUGCAAAAAAUUAUUCAGAACUUAUGAUAUGUAAUAAACCAUAUGUACGAUCUAUCUAUCUGUGAUCUAUGUAAUGUGUAUGGUAUAGCUUUAUUUCUUUGAUUUUUAUUGGCUUGGUUAUACAAAAAAAAAAGUGCAAGAAGGAUAGUAAAGAAGCAAUUCCAAGUAGUGCAUCAGAUUCACAUAGAUUAUAGGAUGGAAUUACCAAUGAGCAUGAGGAAAAAGAGAAGGAAAAGCUAUUUUAAUUUCUGCCUGUUUUAAUCGCACAGUGUUUAAGUGUCCAUUCUGUGAACAGUUAUAAUCAAUCUAGCAAUUAUUAUGUAUAUGCUAAAGCAAAUCCUUUUUAGUUGAAUUUUAUAUGAACUGCUGGAGUAUCAUCUGCCAAAAUAAACCAAUAGAUUAUUCAUGUAAU